GGACCAAAAAAUAACUAUUUACAGGUCUUAAAUGGCCUAAACCUUGUCAUCGAACCUGGCCAAACGGUAGCACUAGUGGGUCACUCAGGCUGUGGUAAAUCGACUUCCGUUGGGCUGAUAACUCGCCUCUACGAGGCCGAAUCUGGACGAGUUACCCUGGAUGGGCAGGAUGUCAAAGAGUUGAACAUCGAAUGGCUAAGAAAUACUGUUGGAAUAGUGCAGCAGGAACCUUGCCUCUUCAAUGAUACUGUAGCGGGUAACCUAAAAAUGGGUAACCCGCAUCUCUCGAUGGAGCAGAUGAUCUACGUGUGCAAAAUGGCAAAUGCGCACGAUUUCGUAAUGAAACUGCCAAGUGGUUACGAAACUUACAUUGGUGAUGGCGGUGUGCAACUUUCCGGUGGUCAAAAGCAGCGUAUUGCUAUUGCUCGGACGUUGGCGCGAGAUCCGAAGGUGCUUUUGCUCGAUGAAGCUACCAGCGCACUGGAUGCACAGAGUGAAAGCAUUGUUCAGGUCAGAGCAUCUUUGACUCGAAAUCAAUCAAUAAAAUCAAUUCCGGGUUAA